UGCCAUAUACUACUUGCACUGGCUUGCACUUGCAAUUUCCUGUCCCGCCCAUUUUUUCUCUGCCAAAGAUUUUGACUCUGUAGUGUACAACCCAAGUUUCUCUAAAACACUUAAAUGGGUAGCGAAGAUUUAAAUGGGCAUGAGACAGGUGAUAUGCCUGAAAGCUCUCAUCCUCCACAGAAACAAGGACUUGACAAUAAUUUUGAUUUAAAAGGAGGUGAAGAAAAAAAGUGGCCUGGGUGGCCUGGAGAGAAUGUGUUCAGGAUGUUAGUUCCUGUGCAAAAGGUUGGUGGUAUUAUUGGUCGCAAGGGAGAAUUCAUUAAGAAAAUCACUGAGGAGACAAAGGCUCGGGUUAAAAUUCUUGAUGGUCCUCCUGGGACAUCAGAAAGAGCAGUGAUGGUUUCUGCUAAGGAAGAGCUAAAUCUUCCUCUUUCUCCUGCCAUGGAUGCUUUAUUGAGAGUUCAUAAACAAAUCAUCGAUGUAGACACCAACUCUGCUCACGCUACAUCUGGUGCAGUGGGCACAAUUAUCACAAGGGUUCUAGUGGCAGAUACUCAGGCAGGAAGUCUGAUUGGGAAGCAGGGUUCAACUAUAAAGUCCAUUCAAGAUGCUUCAAAUUGUACUAUUCGGGUUCUCAGUGCAGAACACCUACCAGAGUUUGUGUUGAAAGAUGAUAGUAUUGUUGAGGUACAUGGGGAACCUGCUGGUGUGCACAAAGCAGUUGAACUGAUUUUAAAUCAUCUCCGAAAAUUCCUGGUUGACCGCAGUAUUAUCGGAGUAUUUGAAAUGCAAAUGCAGAUGCCAAAAUUUCAAGCAAACCAGAACAUUCCCCCACACCAGUCCUGGGGCCCUCCUCAAGGUUUUCCAAUUAAUGCUGGUGCCGGACCUGAUUUUGCACCUAAUCCUCAAUAUGUGCAGCCUCCACAUCAAUAUGACAAUUAUUUGCCUGCUCCACCUCUGGAUAAUCAGCAUUGGCAGGGUCCUAUGUACGGAAGGGAUGCUUCUAUGGGGAUUCAUUUAUCCAGUGUCCAGCCACAACAGCUAGUGGCCACCAAGGUUACGCACCACAUGCAAGUUCCUCUAUUAUAUACAGAUGCUGUAAUUGGGAUAUCUGGUUCUAAUAUAAGCUACAUACGUCGUGCCAGUGGGGCGACUAUUGCAAUACAGGAAACAAGGGGUAUGCCUGAGGAGAUGACUGUUGAAAUAAAUGGAUCUGCUUCACAAGUACAAACAGCUCAACAGUUAAUACAGAAUUUCAUGGCUGAAGCUGCAAGCUCUACACAGAACCCAGCUGGGGGAUCCAUCUGUCAGGGAUAUAAUGCUUUUCCAUCUUAUGGUCCUUCCUAUGCAACUUCAAAGCCCACCACUGCUGGACACACAGGCCAUGCACCUGCCCCAGACUAUGGUUCAGUGUAUGGCAAUGAUUACGGUUAUUGAGAUGCUGAUAUAAUUCUGUAGGUAUUUUGCAAACAUUGUUCUGUGCCGUAUCAACUGGAUGAUACCAGAUAAUUUGAUAUGUUGAUGUUCUGAAUUUGGUGACAUUUUAUUGUUCAUUCUUGUAAAUAUAUUUUGUUAAAA